AUGUCUGCACAGAACUCGGCCGGUAUCCAGACUCUCCUCGAUGCUGAGAGGGAGGCAUCCAAGAUUGUACAGAGGGCUCGAGAAUUCCGUACCAAGCGCGUCAAGGAGGCUCGUGACGAGGCCAAGAAGGAAAUCGCCGACUACAAAGCCAACAAGGAGGACGAGUUCAAGAAGUUCGAGGCCGAGCACAGCAAGGGCAACGAGGCCGCUGAGCAGGAGGCGAACAAGGAGGCCGAGAAGCAGAUCGAGGUGAUCAAGGAGGCGGGCAAGAAGAACCAGGACGCCGUGGUUAAGCAUCUCCUGGACGCCGUGUUCGAGGUGAAGCCCGUGGCUGCGUGA